AUGUCGCGUACCUUGAUCACUUUGGAUUCUGUGAGUGCAAGCAGUGUGUUCAUUAUACUUCUACUUGUCACAGCAACAGCUAACCAGGGAUGCCGCUUGAAUAUCAAUUACAGAAGCUUUCUUGAAAAUGUUAGAAACAAUUUUAUUUUCAAAGGUCAAUCCAACAUGGUCCAAAAUAUUCUACAAGUAACCAAUGGCCUUCCUGGAGAAAACCUGUCAGCUAAUUUGACAGGAAGAAUCUUAUACGAAAAUAGGCUGAAGUUAUGGAGAAAAAGUCACCGAGUCUCUUCUUUCAACACAAGAUUUGUAUUGGCAAUUGCCCCACAGUCUAAUCCUCCCGGUGAAGGUCUCGCAAUUAUUCUAACUAGGGACCCUCAGGUUCCAGAAAAUAGCUACGGCCAGUGGUUGGGGAUAACAAAUGCUGGUAAAGACGGUACCCCUGGAAAUAAAAUAAUCGCAUUUGAAUUUGAUACUAGAAAGAGCUUCAGAGAAGAUGUUGAUAAUAAUCAUUUUGGUGUAAACAUCAAUAGCAUAAAAUCUAACAGAACGACUUCACUGACCCAAUUUGGAGUUAAUCUUUCGAGUCUUACUCCUAUCACUGCUACAAUUGAUUAUGAUGGCACCAAGAAAAUGGUAAAUGUAAGUGUUUCGAUGAACAAAAGAGGAGCAAACUCUGAAUUUCCAAUCCUUUCCAUGCCUCUCGAUCUAUCUAGACACCUUCCAGAAGAUGUUUAUGUUGGAUUCUCUGCCUCAACUAGUUCAGAUAUUCAACUGAAUUGCAUAACAGAAUGGUACUUCUCCAGCAGUGACAUUGAGAAAUAUAAUGCAACCCACUUUUAUGUUGCUAUCCUGAUUCCGCUUACAUCUGUAAUUUGUAUGGGCAGUCUAGCAUGUUGUAUUUACCAGAAAAUGAAAUGGAAAAGGAAAUGUACAAAGGAUGAGGAUGGCACCUUAGAUGUAGAGACACAAUGUUUAAUGUUGGGUCCAAAGAAAAACCGGUUUAAGGAGCUCAAAGUUGCAACUAGAAAUUUCAAUUCCAGAAAUGAGCUUGGUAGAGGAGGUUUUGGCAUAGUCUACAAGGGGGUGUUGAAUGAAAUCAUCAGAAACGAUCCUAAGAAGUUAGAUUUGAGUGGGAGCAGUGGUUGCAGACGAAGGAAAAGUAUAAGACUCGAAAAAUUCGAUGGUGCAGAUUUCGGGUUUUGGAAGAUGCAGAUCAAAGAUUAUUUAUACCAGAAAAAGCUUUAUGAACCUCUUUUAGAAAAAAAGCCAGAGGGUAUGAAAGAUGAAGAUUGGAAUCUUCUAGAUAGACAAGCCCUUGGAGUUAUUAGGCUAACUUUUUCACGCAAUAUUGCUUUUAAUAUAGCAAAGGAAAAGACCACGACAGGUCUGAUGAAAGCUCUCUCUAGUAUGUAUGAGAAGCCAUCGGCUUCUAUUAAAGUUCAUUUAAUGAGGCGGUUAUUCAAUUUGCGGAUGACAGAUGGCGGGUUGGUAGCUCAACAUUUUAAUGAACUCAAUUCAAUCACAACCCAAUUGAGUUCAAUUAAAAUUGAUUUUGAAGAUGAAGUUCAAGCAUUGAUACUUUUGUCUUCAUUACCAGAUAGCUGGAAUGCUACAGUCACAACUGUGAGUAGCUCAUCAGGAAGCAAUAAAUUGAAAUUUAAUGAUGUUCGUGACCUGGUUCUCAGUGAAGAGAUCCGACGGAGAGAGUCGGGUGAAUUAUCAACCUCUUAA